UGAGAGGCUACCAGCGUCAACCUUUACUCCAGUGUGCAGACUUUAGAUCUGUGUGUUUGAGCGAAAGGCUGUACGAUGGCUCUGGCCGGAGUGCGCGUGAUAGAGCUAGCCGGACUCGCCCCCGCUCCUUUCUGUGGGAUGAUCCUGUCAGAUUUCGGGGCGAAGGUGAUUCGCGUGGACAGGACGAACGUUGCCAUGGCGAUGGACCCACUGGGGAGAGGCAAGCGGUCCAUAGCCGUGAAUCUGAAGAGUCCUGAGGGCGUGGCCGUGCUGAGGAAAAUGUGCGUCCAGUCAGACGUGGUUCUGGAGCCCUUCCGUAAAGGUGUGAUGGAGAAGUUGGGUUUGGGUCCUGAGGAUCUGCUGAAGGAGAAUCCGCGCCUCAUUUACGCUCGGCUCACCGGCUACGGUCAGAGCGGCUCGUUCGCCAAAGCUGCAGGACAUGACAUCAACUACCUCGCCAUGUCCGGGCUGCUCUCCACACUGGGUCGUAGUUCGGAGAAGCCGUACGCCCCCCUGAACCUGGUGGCGGAUUUUGCCGGAGGGGGCUUAAUGUGCGCUUUUGGUAUCGUUCUGGCUCUGCUGGAGAGGAGCCAGUCUGGGCGGGGACAGAUCAUCGAUGCCAGCAUGGUGGAGGGCGCGGCCUACGUGGGCUCGUACAUGUGGAAGUCUCGCGCACUUGGGUUGUGGAGCCGACCCCGAGGGGAGAACCUGCUCGACAGCGGGGCGCCGUUCUACGACACGUACGCCACCGCCGACGGGAAGCACGUGGCGGUGGGCGCCAUCGAGCCUCAGUUUUACGAUCAGCUGAUCCGAGGUCUGGGAUUGGAUCCCGCCUCCCUCCCGGCUCAGAUGAGCGUCCCUGAUUGGCCGGAGCUCAGACGGACGCUCGGCGCGGCGUUCGCUCAGAAAACUCAGGCCGAAUGGACUCGGAUCUUCGACGGGACGGACGCCUGCGUGACCCCCGUCCUGUCCCUGGACGAGGCCGGUCUGCACCCUCAUAACCGGGAGCGCGGCUCGUUCGUGCGCUGCUCUCGGGACGAGGUCGGUCCGCGCCCCGCACCCGUCCUGUCUCGCACCCCGGCCGAGCCGGACCUCUCGCGCGACCCGCUGGUCGGCGAACACACCCGGCGCGUCCUGAGGGAGUUCGGCCUCGACCCGGCUCGCGUCGAGGAGCUGAUCUGCUCCGGCGUCGUGGAGUGCAGCGAACCCAAAUCUCGUUUAUAAGGAGCGGCGGGGGAGCGGCGGCUGAAUCGUUCUGAGCGGAAAGCCUCCCGCUGCCUUGAAACGCCGCCAUGUUCGGGCGUGGAAGUGACGCGCGGAGGGCGUUUGAACUCAAAAUAACCAUGUUGGGGUUUUUUUUGGCCUCUGUUGAUGCUCGGAGUCGAGCUGAUUCAUCCUGCGUCUUUUCGGCGGUUAGAUUCAGUCUGCAGGGUCAUGCGGUGAGAAAUUCUGCUUCCUGUUGCAGUCCGAAAAAUGAUUCACAAUUUUACUUGAACGGUUUAUUUUCUUUAUACAGAAUUUAGGUGUCUCACUCGAUCCUGAAGCAGUCGGACCUUUCUAUCCUGAGUAAACGUACUCAGACAUGUAGAGAACAUGCCAAACUCUGGUUCAGCUGUACUAAUGUAACACAGUACAUUUACAUUAAGGGCCUUGCUCAGGGGCCCAACAGUGGCAGCUUGGCUGUGGUGCGACUAGUCCAGCACCUUUAAUCACUGAGCUAUCACUGCCCUCUGCACAGUGACAUGGUUUUCGAGGUUCUUGGUUCAACCUUGCUUUUGGUAGCGGUCUGUUUGGAGUUUUGUACGUUCUCCCGAUGUGUGUUUAUGUUUCCCUUGGGGGGUAGGGAGGGUUUGCUGCAGGUGGAUUGGCUGUUCUAAAUUGCCUAAUGUGUGAGUGUUUGUUGCAUCUGGGUGGCGCUGGACUGACUGCAACCCUGACCAGGAUUUGAAUGAACUACAUUUUUUCAUCAUGGUCAGGGUUCCAUUGGGUCCGGUGCCUCCUAGAUGUUUAAUUUAAAGUCUUUUUCUAUUCUAUUAUCGUAUGAGGCUGUUUCUGUACAAACGGUACAGUGUAAUAAAUCAAUUAUAUAAAGGAAAAGGAUCAUGUGGUGAGAAAUGACGCUUCCCGACGCAGUCUGGGCGCCGUUUUUAGCUUCGAACUGAAAAAUGAUUCACAUUUUUACUCCACAGGCGAGUUUUUAUUUCAACAGUUAGAAUUUAUACAGAAUUCAGGUUUCUCACUCGAUUCUGAAGCAGUCGGACCUCUUCUAACCUUCCUCACUGCCCAGAAAUAAGACUGCUAGUUCAUUAGAACUUUAAUAAUCAUUAUUAUUAUUGUUUACAUUAUUUUGAUAUAUUGAAAAACACAGGUUUGAAUAAUGAAGUGCUUUAAUGUACAGUAUAAAACAUUAAUAUUAAAGCUGUAUUGUGAAUCGUUGGUUUUGGAGCCCUCUCUGGUGGAAGUGUGGUAUUGCAAGCAACUCGCACAAGAACUUUCUGUAAAACCUUGUUGUUCUGAUCGAGUUCUGUUUUUUCGGCCACGCCCAGUCCUGACAGGUGUAUAAAAUCAUUCAUUCAUUCAUUGUCUGUUUUGCCACCGCUUUAUCCUGGUCAGGGUCGCAGUGGGUCUAAUUAAAUUGGCGAAAGGCAUGAAACACACAGGUCAGGUCGCCAGUCUGUACCUAGGGCGACUUUCGUAGCUCCAGUGAUCCUGACUGCAUGUCUUUGGACUGUGCGAGGUUCGUCCUGAAAAUGAUUCACAUUUUUACUCAACAGACGAGUUUUUAUUUCAGCAGUUAGAAUUUAUACAGAAUUUAGGUGUCUCACUCGAUCCUGAAGCAGUCGGACCUUUUCUAACCUUCCUCAAUGCCCAGAAAUAAGACUGCUAGUUUAUUAGAAUCUAAAUAAUCAUUAUUUUUAUUGUUUAUAUUAAUUUUAUAUAUAUAAAACGCAGGUCUGAAAUAAUGCAGUACUUUUAUGUAUAAAACACUGAUAUUAAAGCUGUAUUGUGAAUCGUUGGUUUUGGAGCCCUCUCUGGUGGAAGUGUGGUAUUGCAAUCAACUUGCACAAGAGCUUUAUGUAGAACCUCAUGGUUUUGAUCGAGUUCUGUUUUUUUCAGCCACGCCCAGUGCAGACAGGUGUAUAAAAUUCAAAAAAAUAAACAGAUCUAAUAAAAUAAUUUAAAUCCA